AUGGCCAGGGCAAGCAAGCUGAAGGUUGAGGCAGGCAUGGAGAGAGACAGGGAAAGGUCGAAAGAAAUCAAAAUCAGCAGAAAGGAACAGUAUCUCAGAAUGCUUUCACAAGAAUGCCCCACUAUGAAGGAACCUUCCAAAACAACUAAUAAUAAUAAUAAUAAUAAUUAUAAUAAUAUUGUACUUUCAAAUACUCAAGCUAAGGUGAAAAUCCUGAACUAUCAGCUUUCACCAACUAAAUUUCCAGCUAUAAAUGGAAGAGAUCAAGCUUCGCAGCAGCAGCAGAACAACUCCGUCAUAAACUACUUUCGGCCACUUACCAAAAAAAGGAAAAGGGAUGAAGAAAAUCAAGAAAUAUCUUCAUGCAAAUCAGCAAGAAUAGAGAUGUCUUGUUCUCUUUUAGAAGAAACACAACCUACUAUACCCUUAAUAUGGAAAAAUAAGGAGCAGCAUUUAUCUCAGAAUGAAUCUGUGGACAAAAAAUCUGAUAAUUUAUUUACAGAAGCAGAUUUAAAAUUCAGUGUGAAAAAUUCUGCCAAUAUAUCCUGUUCUACAGAAAAGCUAAGAUUAAAUAAAAGAAAAGAAAUUGAUGAUUUGGCUAUAGAAGAUGAAGUAUUGGAAGAGUUAUUCAAAAACACAAAACCUGGGUGGCAGUUACAAAUUGAAAUGAAAGUUCAAAAACAAGAGGAAGAUGUCAGUAUUAGAAAAAGGCCAAAAAUGGAUAUAGAAACAAAUGACACUUUUAAUGAGAAAGCAAUAUCAGAAAAUAACAAAAUAUCCCAAGAAAAUGAAGUCAGGAAGAAAUGUGAGCUCAAGAAAGAAUCACCAUGGUCAAUGAAAAAAGAAGAAGUAUCUAACAAUAUUGUACUGCAGGACAGAAGUGAGAUGCUUCCAAGAAACGUGUUAUUAACUGAAUUUAGAUCACUGGUUAAAGACUAUCCUUGCAGCAAUCUAUCUGGUAUAAAUAAUGAUUAUGGUCAACUAAAGAAUUUCAAUAAAUUCAAGAAGGUCAAUUUUCCUGGGGCAGGAAGACUUCCACACAUCAUUGGAGGAUCAGAUCUUAUAGCUCAUCAUGCUGGAAAGAAUACAGAAUUAGAAGAGUGGUUAAGGCAGGAAAUGGAGGUGCAAAAUCAACAUGCAAAAGAAGAGUCUCUUGCUGAUGAUCUUUUUAGAUAUAAUCCUAAUAUAAGAAGGAAAAGAUAACUGAGGAUUUUAGGAAGAAGCCUUGGAAAAACCUUUCCUAGCAAGGAUUC